ACCACAUACCAGGGCUAUUAAGUAACAUUGGUUCAAAAUAAUGGCGUGGCAUUUGCUGGAAAAGAUAGUAGAACAUUCUGCUGCUCAUUCCACAUUAUUAGGAAAAUGGUGGAUCGCAUUCAUGUUUGUAUUUCGUAUAAUAGUUGUCGCGAGCAUUGGGGAUGCUGUAUAUUCUGAUGAACAAGACGAGUUUGUUUGCAAUACAAGACAACCAGGGUGCAAGCAGAUUUGCUACAACUUAUUUGCUCCGAUAUCUCACAUUCGGUUUUGGGCUUUCCAAAUUCUUGGUACCGGUCUUCCAAGCGUGAUCUUUAUCAUUUUUGCGACUCACAAACUUGCGGUACUCCCAAACAAGCCACAUGGGAAGGACAGCCAUAAUGAGGUGUCGACACAAACUUCACCCAAACAUACAACAGCAACGCGACUUAGAAAACGACAGUUAAGUUCCAAACAUUCGCGAAGUUCAAAUUGUUCCAAGCCAAGCUCAUCACAAGAUGAAGCUGUUUUCUCUGAUGCGACAGCACCCCCUCCACCGGAAUAUGACGGGGUUUGCAGAGAGAAAAAGUUGAGACGAACAAAGCAGUUGGUUCUCAGAGCUUAUAUCUUGAACGUAAUAACUCGUUGCAUUAUUGAGGGUGGGUUCUUGUAUUUACAGUAUUAUCUUUAUAAUUGGACGGUCCCGGAGUUCUUCGAAUGCAUCCGAUAUCCCUGCCCCAAAAUCGUGGAGUGCUACAUAUCGAGACCAAUGGAAAAGACCGUCUUUCUUUACUUUAUGUUUGCGGUGUCAGCGCUGUGUAUUGUCAUAAACAUCAUUGAGAUUCAUUACCUGGGGUGGAAGAGAUUAAAGCGAGCAUUAUUCCGCAAACAAACACAGCACGUGCCGCCUGCUCAAAUCAUUGGAGCAUUUCCUGUUGAAAUUGACUUUCCACCGAAGCGUGACCGCCGUUUCAGAGAAAACAGAGAGCCCCCAACCAGACCUUCAAUGGGUCGGAUCAUUCACCGACGACCCGAAGCGGCACCACCAGGGUAUUAUAUACCUGACGUCGACCCACCUUCAGAGAAAUACCGCUCUCCCGCAAACGGAUUCCCACCAAUAAGAAUGCGGGCUGCGAGCUUUACUACGUCAGAGAGUGACGUCACAACCGAUGCAACAAUGUCGUCAAUGGGAAGUGUUCGAAAUGUUAUGGAGGAAAACGUUCGGGUAUAUUUGUGAAUUCUAAAAUCUUUUUCAUCUUAAUUUAACCAAUUCUGGCAUAAAAUUUAUUAGUAAAAACUUGUCGAAUACGAAGACGUAUUACAGUGUACAAACGAUGGUCAGUGUAUUUUUAUAUCAUUUUUUUUCUACCUAAAUAGUAGCUUUUUUGCAUGUGAUAUUAUGUUCCAACAUUGUGCAUAAUAUUCUUAAAGCUGCUUGCAAAAUAUAUUCGCUUUUUGCAGUACUUGCUACUAUAGAGCUGUUGUACAGUGCACUAUAGCUUUUCUAUAAAAAAAAAACAAAAAAAAAACACAACAC